AUGGAGCCUCUAAGAGCUGUGUUCUUAGUGGUUAUAGUUUUCUCAUGUGGAUUGACAGCAGAAACAACAAAAAAGGUGGUGGAUUUACAGUCCCGUGACUACUCGGCACUUUACAACUUCGGUGAUUCUAAUUCAGAUACAGGAGGAAUGGCAGCAGCAUUUUUUCCAAUGAUAGCACCUUGUGGUGAGACGUACAUCCACAGACUUGCUGGUAGGGGUUUUGAUGGCCGCCUAAUUAUAGACGUCAUUGCUGAGCACCUGGCAUUACCGUUGCUAAGUCCAUACCUGGAUUCAGUAGGAACCAGUUUCCGGCAUGGAGCAAACUUUGCAACUGGAGGGGCCACCAUUCGGCGGCAGAACGAAUCAUGGUUUCAGACAGGUGUAAGCCCGUUUCCUCUGGAUAUUCAAGUCGAACACUACCCCCAGUUCAAAGCACGAACAGCUUACUUCUACAAUCAAGCUAUAUCUGGCAGGACUUGUAUUCAGAAGAAGCAAGAGUAUUCUGGAUACACAAUACAGGUCCCAUUGGUUGCUUUCAGUGGCCACUAUCAAAGUCCAAAAUCCAGAGCCCGGAUAUCUUGA